AUGAGGUUUCGAUUGAUAUGUAAUUCGCGCCUCGUUACGUUCACAGUACCCUUCUUGAGCUUUGAAUUGGGCACAGGAGCUGUCGAGAUCAGGCCGCCAGAUCAAGAUCCCGCAGCCAGGCUUUGGCAAGACAAGACCUUUCUCGGUUUCAGCAGAUAA